AUGGCACUGGGCUUGGAGCAGGCGGAGGAGCAGCGCCUGUACCAGCAGACGCUCCUGCAGGAUGGGCUCAAGGACAUGCUGGACCACGGCAAGUUCCUUGACUGUGUGGUGCGGGUGGGUGAGCGCGAGUUUCCGUGCCACCGCCUGGUGCUGGCCGCCUGCAGCCCCUACUUCCGAGCUCGCUUUCUGGCAGAGCCGGAACAGGCGGGCGAGCUGCGGCUGGAGGAGGUGUCCCCGGACGUGGUGGCCCAGGUGCUGCACUACCUGUACACGUCGGAGAUCGCGCUGGACGAGGCGAGCGUGCAGGACUUGUUCGCCGCCGCACACCGCUUUCAGAUCCCUUCCAUCUUCACCAUCUGCGUGUCCUUCCUGCAGAAGCGCCUGUGUCUCUCCAACUGCCUGGCCGUCUUCCGCCUCGGCCUCCUCCUGGACUGCGCGCGCCUCGCGGUGGCCGCCCGCGACUUCAUCUGCUCGCGCUUCGCCCUCGUGGCGCGCGACGCCGACUUCCUCGGGCUCUCGGCCGAUGAGCUUAUCGCCAUCAUCUCCAGCGACAGCCUCAACGUGGAGAAGGAGGAGGCCGUGUUCGAGGCGGUGAUGCAGUGGGCUGGCUCCGGCGACGCCCAGGCGCAGGCGGAGCGCCAGCGCGCGCUGCCCACGGUCUUCGAGAGCGUGCGCUGCCGCCUGCUGCCGCGGGCCUUUCUGGAAAGCCGCGUGGAGCGACACCCUCUCGUGCGGGCCCAGCCCGAGCUGCUGCGCAAGGUGCAGAUGGUGAAGGAUGCGCACGAGGGCCGCCUCACUGUGCUGCGCAAGAAGAAGAAGGAGAAGGGGAAGGAGGCAGCAGGUGCCAAGGCAGACAACAAGGGCACGCCUGAAGCCAAGGCCGAGGAGAAUGAGGACGACGCGGAGCGAGUCCUGCCCGGGAUCCUCAAUGACACUUUGCGCUUUGGCAUGUUCCUGCAGGACCUCAUCUUCAUGAUCAGUGAGGAGGGCGCCAUGGCCUAUGAUCCCGCGGCCAACGAGUGCUACUGUGCAUCCCUCUCUACGCAGAUCCCCAAGAACCACGUCAGCCUGGUGACCAAGGAGAACCAGGUCUUCGUGGCCGGGGGCCUCUUCUACAACGAGGAGAACAAGGAGGACCCUAUGAGUGCUUACUUCUUGCAGUUCGACCACCUGGACUCCGAGUGGCUGGGGAUGCCGCCGCUGCCUUCGCCACGCUGCCUCUUCGGCCUGGGAGAGGCCCUCAACUCCAUCUACGUGGUCGGCGGCCGCGAGCUCAAGGACGCGGAGCUCAGCCUGGACUCUGUCCUGUGCUACGACCGGCUGUCUUUCAAAUGGGGCGAAUCGGACCCUCUGCCUUAUGCCGUGUAUGGCCACGCCGUGCUCUCCCACAUGGACCUGGUUUAUGUCAUUGGUGGCAAAGGCAGCAACAGGAAGUGCCUGAACAAGAUGUGCGUCUAUGACCCUAAGAAGUUCGAGUGGAAGGAGCUGGCACCCAUGCAGACAGCCCGAUCACUCUUUGGGGCCACCAUCCAUGAUGGGCGCAUUUUUGUGGCUGCUGGGGUCACAGACACAGGGCUGACCAGUUCUGCAGAGGUGUACAGCAUCGCUGACAACAAGUGGGCACCCUUUGAAGCCUUCCCGCAGGAGCGGAGCUCGCUCAGCCUGGUCAGCCUGUCGGGCACCCUCUAUGCCAUCGGCGGCUUUGCCACCCUGGAGACAGAGUCCGGGGAGCUGGUUCCCACAGAGCUCAAUGACAUCUGGAGAUACAACGAGGAGGAGAAGAAGUGGGAGGGCGUCCUGCGGGAGAUCGCCUACGCCGCCGGGGCCUCCUUCCUGCCCGUGCGCCUCAACGUGCUGCGCCUGACCAAGAUGUGACGGACCCAAUGGGCCUGAGCUAAGCUCCGCCGCCACCCCAGGCCGCACAGGCCUGGCCCUCUGGGGCUCCAGGCAGGAGUCUGGGAGAGGCCGGAGCCCAUUAUGAUGCCUGAGGGGCUGUGUGAAGGAAGGGAAAUGACUGCCCAAUCCUAGCUUUUUGGGCAGGGCCAAGAAACCUCAGGCCUCUCCAUUGUCUCCUGUCACCCGGUUUUCUUGAGCCAAAACCACAGGGACGAGUGUCAGGCUGCGUGUGCUGGUAAAUUUCUCCUCAGGACUAUUUCCUCACCUGUCUGAUGGUGUCCCCGUCACGUGCACCUUGCAGCAUGAGUCAUCUCCUUGAAGAAGAAUAAAGUGCCUUUCAA